AGGUGGAGAGGACAACGACAAAGACAAAAGGCGAUCGCGAUCGCACGCCAAUCCAUCGAAAAUUGUUUUGUAUGACCCUGAAGUGAUAGUGUUUUAGCAUUUUAUCAUUUAAAUAAAUUAAUAUUCCAAAAUAAAUUCAUCGGAAUGUCGAGUAAACCGGCUGUUGUUCAAUCUGCUCCGGAUGAUCCCAAAUUUUUACUUGAUCCAGAAAAUAUUCCAGAACCAACAUUUUUGCAGGAUAAAUACCUACCCGUCACCUUAGCUUUAGCAGGAUUCACAUCAGCUGUUUAUAGAAAUUAUACUAGAAGAAGACCUCUUUAUGCAGGUGCUCAAGUAACUCUUGCUGUGACGCUUAUCGGUGGUGGCAUUGGUUGGUGGAUUCAAACCUAUAGAACUGCAUACUGGGCUGACCGAGAUGCUAUUCUCCGCCAUUACGUCCAACUUCACCCAGAGGACUUCCCUGCUAAAGAGAGAGUCGUUGUUGGUGAUCUGUUCAAGCCGUGGAUUCCAAAUCGCUAGAAACUCCACUCAUCUCGAUCUGUAGUUCUUCAGGAGUGCUAGCUGUAUAUAAGUAAAACAUUGUUGUUUCUGUUAUUAAAUUCAUACUACUUUCA